AUCAGCCUUUCAAUAACAACAUCUUGAACAUCAACAAGCAAGUGUGCCAAAGCUUCACUAGACUAGAAUAUUAUAUAUCUUGAGUCUUGAAAAGGUUUAGUCUUGUAUUUUACUAAGGUGGUUUGGGUGCAGGUCCUUGGAAGAUGUUCUUCGCAGAAGCAACUCAGUGCAUCUGACGCGCAGGAUUAGACUCAUCUUGUGUAAUCCAUUUGCUCAUCUGUUCCUAAUAAAAGAAUGACAACCUUUGAAUGAUGUGUAAAUAUACUUGAACUAAAUAAAAUUCUUGAUCCUGCCGGUCUAUUUCAACUGCAAACCUUGGCCAACACGCAGAAGUUAAAUCUGAGCCGCGUCGCCUGAAACGCAUUGAAAAUGGAGACAAAGAAAGACCGUUCACAAAGUGAGCCUUCAACUAAAAGAAUACUUUCGUUCUCCAUUGAAAGCAUUCUUAAAAAGGACACCAGGAAGACUAGCAAUGUGCUCAAGCCAUCAAGACUCAAAUCCGGAUGUACGACCAACGUGUGUGCUCCAUCUUUGCCAACAGAUGACCGAGAGAAACCCACAUCACCACACAAUGGAUCAAUUGUUACUGAUCUUCCUUGGUUAUCUUACACCAGAUACAGCCCUCCAAAACUACCAAGAGCUAAAAGGCGCAAGAGUAUCAAGCGCAAAUCAAGUGGAAAUCCACGUGUCCCAUUUUCCACCUCACAACUCAUGACUCUAGAACACAAAUACCUCGAGGCCCGAUACCUUUCGGGCUCUGAGGUGACCGACCUUUCGACAGCUUUAAGUCUAUCUGAACACCGCGUCAAAAUUUGGUUCCAAAACAGACGCGCGCGGGAAAAGAAAUCUCAUAAUUCCGGCUGGAAUGGAAACGAUGACGGAAUUUCUUUUGCAAACCCAGUUACUGGUGGAAAGUGUUUUAUGCCUGGCUGGUUUGGAACUAUAUGAAUAUCUAGGAUGUUACAGGAACAUUAAAAGGAAAUUCCUGGAAUAUUAAAAGAAAAUUCCUGGAACAUUAAAUGAAAAUUCCUGGAUUAUUAAAAGAAAGUUCCUGGGCAAGUGGCAGCGGUAUAGGAUUUCCCCGGGAAUGAGUCCUGCAGUGCAAGACUCUUCUCGUUCAUGGGCAUUGAACAUACGUUUUGAAGACAUUUGUCGUAUAUCAUGUCAUUAGUAUUUGCCAAGUAAAAACUCUACGGCUGAUGUUAGAUUUUGUUAUUGUUAUCAAAGAAGUAUGAUUACAUGUAUUGGAAUUGCAUAUCGUCACCGUAGAAACUUUAUAAAACGAGACACGGAAUUACAAGAAAGAU